UUAAUAAUUUUAAUUUCUAAUCUGCGUUGGCAAAAAUACUGUUGAAAAAGCGUGAGUAGAUUAUUCCGUAACGCCUUUCAGAAGAACGCGACUGACGAAUCGCCCUUCUGAAGAAAAUAAUAUAACAAAUAAAACACCACGACUUUAUGAAUGAAAGGAGUAUUGCGUCAUUUUACGCUACCACGUGGCUACUCAGAAAGCGGGAAACGUAGAAAACAGGUAACUCGGCGUUCUUGGUUGUCUUGGGAACAAGCCAGGGAUGAUGUCAUAUCCGGCGCCUUUAGAAAGACCAAACAAAAUGUCUAAUCACGACUGCAAAGUUGCUUAAAACAAAUAGUGCGACUUUGAAAAGUAUCUUUUUCACCAUUGUUACUUCAUGCUCUUUGUUUAACAAUAUUGAUAUGUUUCUAAUUAUUAAACAAUGCCUUUUUCACUCAGAUCGUUAAAUAAAAGAACAUCUUUUUGAGAGGCUCUGAAUGCUCUUCCGCCGCAUUUAAGUAGUUCGCGGAAGAAUACUAAUGGAGUUUGCUUCACAGAACCGGCUUGAAGAUGAUAACAGGAGAGCGUGCAAUAUUUCUCAGUAUUUUGUCAUUGCGUAAUAUUUGACUACCUCCAAGCGCUUUUUAUCUACGUUAUAUUCAGCAUGCCUUCAAAUCAAAACUGAAUUUUGCGGAUGCUAGGUGACAAAUUUGAAUCGUCUGCGGUUUCAUAUAAGAAUUCGAAUUUAUUAGUUGAUCAUCGAUACGAUUUUAUUCGAAUUUUAUAGCGUGUCAACUUAAAUUAUUUAUUUUAAUUUAUUUUAUAAAAUUUAAAUACCUUUAAAUAAAAAAAUAAACAAAAACCGUGGUUAAGAAUAAAAAUUACAGCAGACGAUUUGUGUUUUUAACCGAUAUUUCCUGAAGGAGUUUGUUUACUUUUUUAUAAAGUAACUCUGUGUGACAACUGUCACCAAGCAAAUAUUUUUUAUACAUUUAUUUAGAGAGCACCGGAAGUGUAAACAGAAAAAGUCACGUGCCACCUUUGUAUGAGUGGGUUGGCACACGGCGCCUGAUCCCUCCUCGAACAAAACCACAAAACAAAACGAGCAUCAAAUUCGUCUGCCGUGAUUUUUCUUCGAGCUGUGUGUAGUUUGUGGUGAGAUUUUACAACUCGAAUGCUACCGGCUUGAGCCGUGUGUGUGACCACAAUGCAUCUGCCCGCCGAGCCGGUCAGUACUUGCGGAUACGGACUCAUGAGCGGCGGCGACUCGAGCCGUCCCACCGCUGUGAAAUCAUCUCUGGCUUCUGUUGCCGAGACUGUUACAAGCGGCGAGGAACUUGUGAAAACGGGCAGUCCGUGUUUCAUGUGUACAGCUCUACCGUCCCACUGGAGAUCGAACAAGACCUUACCGGUAGCCUUCAAAGUUGUUUGUUUGGGAGAUAUACCGGACGGAACGGUGGUGACUGUGUUUGCGGGGAAUGAUGAGAACUUUUGCGGUGAACUCCGUAACUCCACGGCGACUUUCAAGAACAGGGUCGCCAAAUUCAAUGAUCUGAGAUUUGUUGGCAGAAGUGGAAGAGGAAAGAGCUUUAAUCUGACCAUUCACGUUGCAACUAACCCACCACAAGUAGCUACUUACAACAAAGCAAUUAAAAUCACAGUAGAUGGUCCCAGAGAGCCUAGAACAAAAUUACGUUUUCCACAUGUACAGAUGAAAAGUGUGUCUUCUCGCAGUAGUCGAAGUCGAAGUAGUUCUCCAAACGUCGAUUCACUCUUUAGAGGUGGCUCUGAACCACCCCCGCUCCCUAUGCUUCUACCCGAAUCUUCUUGGAGGGAUCCUUAUCCUAAAAAAGAAAAAGAGCGACAGUGGAAUCCUGUCGAACUCCCACCUCAGGUGACGACAACACCCACUACAACUACAACAGGAGCUUCAAUUAGUACCACAUCUGAACCCACAAGUCUUCCUGAAAUUCCAUGGAAUGAUUUACCUGUUCCACUUUUUCCAACGCAAUUGACACCGUCUUCCGUAUCGGGAGGCAGCUACACAUCGCAAUCAGAAGCCGAUUUGCAUGCUCUUGUUACAUCAUCUAGCACAGUAUCUACCAGUCCAUUUGGCUCGAGUUCAUUUACAACUCCAUCUACAACUCCUCAACAGCUGGUGAGCAAUAUGUCGCUAAUGGAUUUGUACUAUGACCCUCUUUCAACUGUAUCUGGAUCUGAAGACGUGAAGCCGUCUUUAAAGUUGGAUUUAGAACCACAGAAACCUUUCCAUUACAGUCUCCCACCUGUUAUUAGUAGUGUGACGUCAUUGUCCACAGCAGACUUUAAAUCUCCAUAUCCAAUACCAAGUUCCUCCAACAUGUCUUCAGAUUUCCCUGUUACCAUUUCAAAUCUCAGUUCUUCAACAGAAUACCAGAGUUUAUAUUACUCAAGCACCCCAUCUUUCGAUUUAGACACUAGUGAAUCUGGUACAGCUGCAUUAGUGUCUUCUAGUGUGAUGAAUCGGACUGCUUCAGCAAUGACAACCCUACCAUCGUACUCGUCCUCGUCAAGCUUUACUGCAACUUCUUCAUCGGGUUUUCAGAUGCCUUGUUUAGAAUUAUUAUCACCCACAGACUAUAGCCCUGGUCCUCUAUCCAUGGCUACUAAUAUCCUGUCUUCGCCUUCAUCAAAUAUGCUCACAUCGUUUUCGUUGGACAACUUGGAUGCUGAUUUAUCAACGCCACCUGUGACGCCUAUUUCAUUAUCUUCGUCUUUUUCAUCGCCAACCUCAUCCAAUAUGCUGCGUGAUCAAACUUACAGUUCUAUGUUGCAAGUUACGACUGCAAGUUCGAGCAUAUUUGAUUCUUCUGUACCUGUAACUACGAUUCCGUCGUCGUUGCAGUCUGAUGUAUGGAGACCGUACUGAGAAAGUAUUAGUGCCUUUGUUUAAAAUAAAAAAUCAUUUUUAUUUUUUGAGCUUUUACUUAUCAGGUCGAAUUUCAAACCUGAUACUUUUUUAACUAGCAUUUAAAGAAGGUACUAGUGACUGAUGUAUUUCUUAACCUCAGCACAUUAUAACAUGAAGCAUUUAAUUGCAAAAUGUGAGAUAAACAUUUUCAUGGAAAUAAAGUAUCCUUUUUACAGAUAAAAAAAAUAUUUGUACUCAUUUUUUGAACAAAAAGAACUCAUCUGACUUAACGGGCUAUGUUGCAGAUGCAAGUAACUGUUUUCCAAAAGCAGUAAUUUCAGCAAUGUUAUUGACUGUGAUUUGGAGCAGCUUUGCGAACGUGUUCCCGGUGAACAGUGCUGACUUUGUUAGUUUGAGUUGCAUAACACGUACAAAGAAAACGCGAUGCCAAAGCAAGUACAAUUUCUGUGAAAAUAGAUCUGACUCAUUAGGAAUUUUUAGUUGAAAAUGAGAUUCCUUUUUUUAGAUUUUAGGCUUUUAUUAUUCAAGAGCCUCUUGUUACAUAUCGCAGUUUCACUUACAAGCUUUAGUAAAGCUUUGGAAAUUUUUGAAUUGUAUCAUAAAUAAAAUGAAAGCUUAAUAGAUUAUCGAUGCCUUGAUAUUCUUAAAAAAUAUUCAAUGCAGAUCAUGAAAAUACUCAUGACAGUAGAUAUGAUUUCAUAGUUUCAAAAUAUAAUUGAAAUAUUUCAUGUUGUUAAUCAAAUACGAAAGUUUUAAAAAAAAACUAUUAAAA